AUGCAUAUGCGUCUUUAUAUUAUUAAAAUUUCAAGCAAAAUAAUCUUUUUGAUUUUUUAUGCAUCUUUUGUAUUCCAAUUAACCAAAGGACAACAAAAAAAUAUUCAUUUUUUAUUACCAAAUGUGUCAUCAUCUAUUCAUUCUUUAUUAAAUCCAACUAUCCAUAAAGUUUACUCAUUUACAUUAAAUUCUUUUACAAAAAUAAAUUUAGUUGGAGGUCCAUUUAAUAUUAAACUUAAUCAAAUUUCGUAUUUAAAUAACAAUCAUACAUCCGUUGAUAUUAAUGCAGAAGAAUCAAUACAUAAUUCAAUUUUAAUUGAUAUUGUACAAAAUGAUAUUCUUUUUAUUCGUAUGAUAGAAAAUAUUAAUUUAAUCAAUAAAACAAAAAUAGUUAUAACAAUCAAUUAUUUUAAUUUAACUGAACUUCAUGUCAAUGGUAUAAUUAACAUUCAAUGUUUAAAUCAAAUUCAAACAGAUAAAUUUUAUUUAUAUAAUCGUGCAACUGGAUGUCUUAAAUUAAAAUUAAAUGUUAAUACACUUGAUGCAUAUUUUCAUUCAAAUGGUCGUGUGAAAUUAUGUGGGCAAGUUAAUGAAGAAGCAACAUUACAAUCGUUAGGUGUUGGGGAUAUACAAUGUCGAAAUUUAUUUACAAAAAAAAUCAAUGUUAUAUCAAGUGGAAUCGGAAAUAUAUAUGUAACAGCUACAGAUGAAAUUAAUAUAAUAUUAAGUGGAAUUGGUACGAUUUAUUAUACAGGUCCAUUAAAACAACAAAUUAAAACGGGUUUAGGAAAUAUUAUUGAAGCAGUUGAUUAG